UGACGCCACGCCCUCUACGUUUGAGCACAUCCGCUAAGUUUCCAUAACAACUAGCUACGAACCGCCGACUUCACCGCUUAUUGACGAGGCAUUCCUUAAGCUAUUAGAUAAAAAGAUAGAGAGGGAGCACGAUGAUGGCUGCUCCUCUGCCAGCCAUUCACAACACGAGGGGGCAUUCCCCUAUCCUAGAACCGGUCAUGCAGCACAGGGUUCCCAGUCCACCCAACAAGAUGAGACCGGCGGAGCAGUAUACCAAGCCAAAAUACAGAAUGCAAGGUAGAAGAGAUAGACAGCACUCGUUAAAGAACGGAUCUGGUAAAAGUCGAAGUCCACAGAUGAGCAAAAUCGAGACCCAGAAAUACCGCAAUACCUUCUUCCACAACCUAUGCCUGGAGGUUCUUCAGGAGGGCUUUCACCGCUCCUUCUCAGAGAUCUUUGCCCUCGUGAAGCACCAGCAGAAAAUAGUCGAUGAUGCAGGGGCCGACUCUCUGCUGCAAGAUCGAUCCCUGCUUGCAGACCAGCACGAGAAACUGAGGCAGAUGAAACAACAUCUCACAGAGGCUGAGCUUGCCCUAAGACAAGAUGACAUGAACAAAGUGUAUGCAGAGCGGGAAAGGCUCGCCAAGUAUUUCUUGGACGAAAACGACUUAUGGCUAGCUGAUCAUUUCUUUCAAUCUUGUCUGGAGACGGCCACGAGGGUCGUUGAAGGAGGAGACAGGAAAGAGGCUGAGGCACACUGUAACAUUGGUCUCGGCUUUGAAAGGAGAGGGGAGUUCUCACUGGCUGCUGAUCACUUUGAGGCUUUCUACACAUUAACGUCAUCCAAAGACUGGCUGACUAAGGAGAAUCUGUCACUUCAUUCUGAGGCUUGCGAGCACCUGAGACGCCUUUACACCGCCACGGCACAGACCUUCCAGAGUCAGUACAACACUGAUCACAAAGAAGCCAUCGGCUAUCUCACCAAGGCACAUCAAAUGGCCAAAGAAAGUAAAGAUGGGCGAAAAGAAGGAGAGGCUAGCUACAGAUUAGGUCAAGCAUAUGAGAGAUCAGGCGACAGUGAAACUGCAUUGAUGCACUUACAAUGUUACAUGGACAUCUGUAAACGAUACAAUGACCAAGCUGGAAUGGGGCAAGCAUGUGAAGCUAUUGCUAAGUCAUAUGAGAGACAAGGAAAGCGAGAUGAGGCAGUGACUUACCUAGAGAUGUUUGUUGAAAUUGCUGAAAAGAAUAACGAGGAGAAGGCUCUGAGCCAAGCUUGUAGCUGUCUUGGUGCCAUUUACAAUUCACUGGGCGAAUACGAAAAAGCAUCUCAUUACUUUGGGAAAGCCUACACUAUGGCCCGUAGCUUAGGGGAUCCUGAAACAGUUGAAGAGGCCAGGACGCAGUUUGGGAUUUCCAGCGCACACAAAGCUCUCACAUCGUUUGUGUCGGUGGUGGAGAAUCCGUCAAGAAGAAUCAUGGCUCAGCUGAUGAAUUGGAAGGACGUCAGGAAUGAUGCCUUUGUGGUUGCUACAGCAAAGGAAGAGGGAUCCCACUGACAGUGAUAAAUACCAAAUGAAGUCAGAAUGUCUGUGCUUUCCUUGGGGAACUCUGCCAGUGUCCAUCCGAGCUCAUAUGUGUAAAUAGAAAGACUUUUGUAAAGACUAUUGUAAAUACAAUAGAUUAUCAUUCUUCAGGAUACCGUCCACUUGGAACAAAUUUUAGAUACCUCCUAAAUGAAUUCUAGUUUGGAUGCUCCAAACAAAUACCCACAAAGGAUAGUUGAUGUACCAUGAUGACUCUUCAUUGACAUUAUAGUUUGAAAAUGGAAGAAAUAUUUCCAGACAUGCUUUGAAUGAAAUUGAGAGAAAAUUCUCCCCCUUCUGGAUAAUCAGCCAUCUUCAUUGCUGAAGAUUCUUGCAGAUGUUUCUGAGAUGAUGGAGAGCGAGAGGUGUGCUUGUUUAGGUCAAGCAUCCAUCAGGCGGACCCACAUAUUUAGUGAUAUUCUCGACUGAUAUAAUACUUCAUAUGUACUGGUUUCUUCAAGUACUUCAGACAUAUUUAUUCAGACAUCUUUGUUACCAAUAUCAUAAGAUGCAUUACCUGUACACAUAUUGGUUUUGAAGUUCUGGUAUAUGUCUCUUGGCUCCAUAUUCAAAGUUGAGCAUGACAUGCACACAUGUACGAGCAUUAAGCCGAGUCCCUAAAAUACUAAAUAAAACAGAUUCGCUAACCAUCUACCAAUAUAAAUGCAUUCCAGCAAUAAGGACAUCUCCCCCUCCAUACCGAGUACAUUGUAUCUCUUUCUGGCAUUAGCCUGACACAUACUGGUAUUUUCAUUCUGCUCAUUUGAUAAUUUAUUUUUAACAUCUGAAAGAAUGUGCCCCAUCUAUUAAGGCCCCAUCACAUCGUUCCGUGCAAGCCUUGCGGGUAACUAUUUUUGAUACCCAUAGGUUGCCUGCAUUGACAGUAUCUUGCACACAUCUCACAUGCAGUUGCCCGAAAAAGCGCACGCAAGUCCAAUUUGCAUGCAGAAAAGUUUUGAACAUGCUCAAAUCUUUGUUUUGGUUUGUUGCGGGGAUUCACCCACAUCUCACCCGCAAGCCUUGCACUGAACGAUGUGACGGAGCCUUUAACAUGUCAGAUUGACCCCCCCCC